AGUCGCGCUCAAUCCUUCGGAGGGAGUAGUGUAUCGCGUUCCAUUACAUUUUCGCAACUUUUUUACGUCCUUCGAACGUACUGCCACGGUGUAUCGUCUUAUUUUAUUUUAUAUUAAUAUAAAAUUAUAAAUUAUAUUAUAUUUUAGAUUAAUAAAAAGUUUCGAAGGUCGCGCGACGAUUACGCGAUCUCGCGGUCGAUUUUCGUGCUGUGCGUGCAAACAGGAAGAGGAUCUACGAGGAAGACUGCACUUUAUUUAAAUGUUUCUUUUUUUAAUUAAUUAAUUAUCUUUUGUACAAAUUCUCCUUUGCGUAUAAAAAUCUUGCGAUCAGUUUGUAUGGACAUUUUACUUGCACCAAGGGUCUUCCUACGUUGCAUCGCAUCAAACUCUGAUUAAUCGAAGGAACUUCAACGACUGGCUCGGACAGGUUGAAAAGGAUUAAGAAGAUUACCUGUUGCGGUGCUAGGCACAUCGAAGCGAGAAACGACCAAGAGAAGAAACUAGAAAGAGAGGAUAGAGAAACGAACUCGAGUGUUUCGAGGACAAUUAGCCGAGCGGUGGAAAAUCUUCUUCGAGGAUUCUUAAAUGGAAAUGCAUACCAAAGAUCGAUCCGAAUUUACUCACCAAUGACGCAUUUGUCGGUGACGAGGUGACGAUCGAUUCGGUGACGCGUUUCGACCCAAAUCGAUCGAAGAUGGCUAAAAGUUCCGAAAGAUUACCUGGUACAUCUUCCAGAUUAAGAACCAGAGACGAUGGAUGCUGUUCGGUCAAUUUUCUCAAAUAUGUUUUACAUAUUUACAAUGUCGUCUUAUUUUUAUCCGGAUUUGUGGUGGGCGGUAUUGGCAUUUGGACGGUCGUCUCGAAACACAGCUACGUAUCUCUGAUGACAACGUCGACCUAUCAGAGUCUCGCAUAUGCCCUCAUUGUUGCAGGUAUUUUGGCUGUUGUUGGAAGCUGGUUAGGAUGCGGUGGAGUUACCACAGAAAACAGAUGUGUCCUCUUAAUUUACGUUUUCAUCGUAAUGGCAGUGCUCGUGUUAGAAGCAGGAGUUGGUGCAUUGGCACGUCUCUACGAGGAACAAAUAGGUCCAGAAUUGAAGAUGAAUCUCAAUCGUACCUUUCUCGAUUAUUAUUCCAUAAGAUCGAGAGAAACCGAAGCUAUCGAUAGAAUGCAAAAAGAAUUUAAAUGUUGCGGUGCACUUCGAUUUGAGGAUUGGUUGGUAAGUGAAUGGCACAAGGACGAAGAAGUUCAAAAAAAUGGAAGCCGCGUGCCAGAUAGUUGUUGCAAAACGGAGACGUUACUUUGCGGAAGGAGAGAUCAUCCUUCUAACAUUCAAUACACGGGUUGCAUUUACAAGUUUCUCGAAACGACCAAGGAUCAUUUGAUAAUUCUUGGUGCCGUUGGUCUUGGUCUCUCCGUUUUAGAACUUUUUGGUAUAGUUCUCGGUUCAUGCCUUUAUAUCAAACUUAGGCACGAUUUUGAUGAUUGACUAUGACGUUGUACAACCAACGAACAACGUUCUUACGACUAAAAGAGAGAAAUCCAUUUGGACCAGUAUAAUAAGAAGAUAUCACGUCGAUCGUCCCUUCCUGUUCAAAUUUAUUUAACGAUUUUUGAUACUUUGAACAGGAAGUACGAAUAAACUCGCUACAAUUAUUAAAAAAACUGCCUGUACCCAAGAGGAAUUGUCCAAUCAACGAAACUCUUGUCUACUUUUUACGCGUCCUGCUAUUUUUUUUUUUUUUUUUCAAAUCGUUCCAAACGAACAGAAUUUUAUUCAAUAUUUUUCAUCAUCUGUCAAUUUGAACGAAAAAACAACAACGACGAACGAUGAUGCAAGUUCAUUUUUUGUGUGUUACUUUUUAAGAUAAACAAGAUCUGAUCGUUGAAGCAAUGAAAUCAUUGCGGAACAGUGCCUUUGUCGAAUAUAAAAAGAUUUUAUUUAUUUUAUUUGAAAAAAGAAAAAGAGAAAGAUCGAAGACUAAUGUAAUCCAAUUUAAUCUUCUCUCUCUUUCUCUCUCUUUUUUCACCAACGUGCCAAGAAUAGAAUGAAAUUUAUGGAAACGAAAGAUCUUUAUAUAUAUAUAUAUAUGUAUUUAUGUAUUUAAUUAACUGUUUGAAGUAAAAAAUUCAACUCUACGAAGCCUUAUUAUAUACAGCACGAUAAUAUUCAAUAGCAAAUGCUUAAUUUCUCGUAUAAAGAAACAAAAUUAUUUGCAUGAGAAAA